GUGACGUCACGCAGCUGGUCACGGGCAGGGCGGGCACGUGGUGCUGCCGAUGUCAGAGGUCGGCGGGAAGAUUCUGGUAUUGGGUGCGCGGACGGGGAGCCGGCGGGAGCAGCGGCGCCAUGAAGAUCUGGACAUCGGAGCACGUCUUCAACCACCCAUGGGAAACUGUGUUUAAAGCUGCCAUGCAAAAGUACCCCAAUCCCAUGAACCCGUGCGUUGUAGGGGUUGAUGUUUUAGAUCGACGUAUUGAUGACCAAGGCAAAUUGCAUAGCCAGAGGCUGCUCAGUACAGAAUGGGGCCUACCAUCUGUUGUAAAAUCACUCAUCGGUGCAUCCAGGACACGGACAUACGUGCAUGAACACUCCAUCGUCGAUCCAGUGAAAAGAACCAUGGAGCUAAGAUCUGCAAAUAUAACAUUAACAAAUUUAGUAUCGGUUGAUGAGCGGUUGGAAUAUAAACCACACCCACAGGACCCUGAAAAGACCAUUCUUACCCAAGAAGCUAUAAUUAGUGUAAAAGGGGUGAGUCUAAGCAGUUACAUGGAAGGAAUAAUGGCAAACACCAUCUCUGCUAAUGCAAAUAAAGGCCGAGAAGCUAUGGAGUGGGUAAUUCACAAGUUAAAUGCUGAAAUUGAAGAGUUGGCAGCAUCUGCACGAAGUAUCAAAAUUCCAAUGGCUGCAUCAUCGGUAGAAUAAUAGAUAAGAUUUGGACAAAUAUACCAUGCCUGCCUCCAGAUUAUUUUAACCUAUUGCUUCCCACUGUGCAAUUUUCCCCUAAUUCACUGGGGCUCCAGGUCUAAAAAGAGUAAGCAGCUUAUAUUUGAUCGAUUUUGUUCCUUUGAGGGACAGGACUUCUGAGCAGCUGUGGUUGUGGAGAUCUUGAACUGGAGUAGGUGCACAGAGAGAAGCACUGGGUUUUUAAUAUUAAUAUGUAAAAUGUAAUGUUGGCAGAAGAACUGGGAGAUGGCAAAAACUUGGCAGUGCAGUGAGGGAGAUUGUUCUAAGUCAAUUUUGUAAUCCUCAAGCCUUUACAAAUUAAGGACCUAAAUGUAUUGACCAGUUCUUUGAAUAAAUCAGAAGGCAAUAAUUUCCUCAUGGAUAAUUGGUAAAAUGGGUGGGGGGGUGGGGGAGAAGCCAAGUUUCCAUUCCUGGUUACUAUCCAGUUCUUCUCACUGGAAAAUGUAUGUUUGUGUGCAUUCUGUUGAACAAUUACUGAGAAUUGUUACCUAGAAUCACAACUUGUAAAUUGUCACGAACAUGUUUCAUUGAACGGUGGCAAAUACAUGAUGGUAACCUAGCACCUAGCAGCUUCAGGUACAAGACACACCCUUCACCUGCAAUUUAGAGAAGAAUUUACAAUUUAUACUUGUUGGAAAUCCUGGACUAACUUGUGAUUUUUUUUUUUCUUCUGCAAAGUGGUUUAUUUAAACCUCCCAUAUAUCUAACAGCCCAACUCUUAGUUCUAGCAACCACUUAUUGCUAAGUGUUUUAUACUUUAUGAAAAUAGUUGUUGUAACAGUUGUAUUGUUUACUGUAAAAUGUUAAAAUUGAUGGGCAUCUACUGUAGAAGGAUUUCCUUCUCUGAAGAUUUUGUACAUUUACAUAUGAUAGGAAGCCCCUGUUGGGAAUCCAAAGUAUUCCCAAAGUCAAAAUAGAAACUUUGCGAUCAUGGUUUUACAAAGUGUCACAAAGUUAGUGAAUCUGCUUCACUCGGCUUUGAUAACCUAUUUGUUUUCUCAGCGUUUAGUACUUAACCUUGAGAGAACUGAACCAUAGUAGUUGCUGUAGAUAUUCUAUACUGAGGUGUUAACAUUCCUAAAGCACUGAUGUUAAAAAUUUUCCUUUUGUUGAGGAUCUAGAUUUUUUUUUAAAAGGGAAGCAAUAGCAAACUUUCCCUUUUAAUUUUGGUCUUCAGAGUAACAU